UAUCGAAUAUACUGGAAUUCAUUCGCAUAUUGUAUUUUCGAAGCCGCUAGAAAUGUCAUUAUUGUUUUUAUUAUUGUUUGUUUCGUAUCGUGCAUUGUUACAAAAAGCAUUGUCCGAUUGACUAUUAUCAAAGAAAUUAAUUAUGUUUAAAAUGUGUACUGUGUACCACCUGAAUGAAGUACCAAAUUGCGACAGUUAAGUAUUAAAUUGAUGGACAUAUUAAUACAUAAUAUGACUCUUCCUUUGGAGACUCUCGCGCAUAUUUUCGACUAUCUGGACAAUUUGGAUGAUUUGAAAUCGGCGACACUUGUAUGCAAGCAUUGGUUAAGAGCGACCCAAAUUCCAAAGAUUUUGAAAAACUACAAACUUUCAUUCAAUUAUGUGACCAUUGAUUCUAACAAUGAUUCGGAGCAAUCAACGCUGUUUGCUAACAGUUCACGGGUCUUUUCGAAUAUCUACUUUGGCAAUGCGAAAUUCGUAUCGAUUGACCCGGAAUUUUGGUGUAAUUGGAGCGACUUCAUUACAGAAAUUACGUUCGACUACAAAUUUCGCUCUUCAGACCUUCCUGGCGGAAAUUUCGUAGAGUUGCUGAAAUUUACGCCACGACUGAAAACUUUGAAUCUGGUCUGUGCAUUGGGAUUCUUCAACGGCUUCAUGGAUGGCUUGACAUCAUCAGUUCGGGACAUUGUCCUCGGAAAUAUAAAAAAUGUACAGGAGCUACAGCUGUACUUCAGCGAAGGUUGUCUGGUAGACUUAACAUUUGGCUCGUGGAUCGAUCAAUUGACGAAUUUAAAAAACAUUGACUUCGACGUUCAUUCAAAGAAACGUCGGAUAACCACUGAGGCGUACAGCGCAAUUUUCAAUUUUCUUGUAAAGUACAGCACCAAAGUUAAGGGUCUGCAUAUUUGUGACAAUAAUCGAGCGCUUUGCAAAGAUAUCGCCGAACAACUCUUUGCUAUUAAGGACUUAAAACUCAAGGCACUGGACCUGACAAUUAAUUCUGUAAUAUCAACGAAAUUCACAAACUUCUUGUGCACCCAAUCUGAACUACAGUACCUCACCGUUAAUGGUUCCUUCUCAUUGAGCAGAUCACUCCAACAAAUGUCGAAAUUAAAGGAAAUAGCGAUCUCGAAUGGACCAGCAUUAGAUGGAUUCAAGGUGUUCAACGGCAUGGAUAAAUUGUCAUCGAUAGGCAUUGCUGGAUUAGAAUUUUACGAUGAAGAUGAGCUGGAUGACACCUACAAAAUGAAUGCAAAUCCAAAGCUAAGUGAAUUGUAUCUCAUUGACCCAACUAUUGAUUUUAACUGGAUGUUUGCUAAACGGAUGUGCCAGUGUUUUGCGAAUGUUCGACUCUUGAAUUUGGACGGUGCAAUGAUAGACGAUAAUAGUCUGGUAUAUGUGUUCCAAUUAAAGAAAUUGCAAGAACUGAAACUGAGCAAAACCGAUAUUACUGAUCGAGGAUUUGCAGGCAAAAAUCAAUCACGAAAAAAAUUAAAAAUUCUAAAUGGGCAAGCAGUUCCGGUAGAUGAAUCAGUUGUUUCGAUUUCAUCUCUAAAAGAUCUGGAAGUUCUCAAUAUCGAUUUCUGCAAGCAUCUCUCACCACAUUCAUUCAAUACUAUGAAACUGAACAAAUUAAAACAUUUUAGCGCCCAAGGAACUCAGUUCAACGGCAAACAUAUGCAUACAUUGGGAAUGAAUUGCCCGAACAUUGAAUCGUUAAAUUUGUCGAACUGUAAUCAAUUGCGCGGAAAUGGUAUCGAGAUGGCGGCAGUCUUGACGCUAAAAUCAUUGGAGACUCUAGAGCUGCAAUCUUGCUUGCACACUGAUUUAGCUUGUAUCAAGCACAUUAUGAGGUCGGACAAAUUGCAAACAAUCAAUAUUUCCAAAUGUGUGGCUAUUGAUACUCGGAGUAUUGCUGAAGAAAUGUUUAGCGAAAUGAAAUCGCUACGAAGAAUAAUAUUACACAAGGAACGGUUGUAUCGAUGCAGUUUUGUAGCAGCAAAAAGUUGAACUGGGCAAACGUUAUAUCCGCAAUGUAUGAAAGUCUAAAGUUUUUAUUUUCCCGUUGUAAAACUACGAAUAAAAAAAUCCAAACACCUCAAAGACAAGGAUCUUAUC